UCCACCUAAAUCGGGAGCAUGGCCGCUCUGAGGCUUCUCUAACCAUAAGAUAGAUUUUGGAUAAUGUAGUGAAAAUAUAGAAGAAUUAUUUUCUGUUUUUAAUUUUAUCUGAUUAUUGUUUAUUUAAAAACGAAAUCAAGAUUAAAUUAGAGAACAUGUCUAUGCUUGCAGAACGUCGACAAAAGCAAAAAUGGAGCCUUAAUCCACGAGGAAAAUGGUGGUCCGAAGAUUCGAAUAAGUUUGGUCAGAGAAUGUUAGAGAAAAUGGGUUGGACAAAAGGAAAAGGGCUUGGUGUCAACGAGCAAGGCAUUACAGAAUAUAUUAAUGUUUCACAUAAGAAUGAUACAGCAGGUAUAGGAUAUGACAAGAAUGUAGACAUAUGGGUGGAACAUCAGGAGAAAUUUAACAAUUUGUUGAAACAACUUCAUGAGAAUGGAAAUCAAAACACUACUCAGAAAUUAGAAACAGAAGAUGAUAGAUCAAUGGAGCUUAAGUCUAAACAAAGUCAUGCUCGUGUGCAUUACAAGAAAUUUACACAAAGUAAAGACAUAAAUAAGUAUAAACCUAAGGACUUAGCAAAUAUACUUGGCCAAAAAGAAUUAAUGAAUACAAUUCAAGUAAAGACAGAAAAAGAUGAUGAUAGUUAUGAAAAAAAAUCUAUUAGCAUCGAAAAAAGUAAUAAUGGAAUUGUCACAAUUAAUAGUGGUAACAUGACUGAUUAUUUUGGGCAUAAGUUAAACUAUGACAAAAACUUUUCAUGUAAUAUGAUUGAUAAUCAAGCAACUAACUCUGAAAAUGAAAACAAGCAAUAUGCUGGUUUUGGAUUUGUAUCAAAAACAGAGAAUAUGUUGUCUAAUGAAGUGUCAAGAGAUUUUAACGAGAAGAAUAAUUAUGCUUUUGAUAAUCCUUGUUUAGGAUUUAAUAGUCCCACAAAAGUUAUAUUAUCUAAUGCUGAUAGUACUUGCAAAAAGUCUGCAAAAAAGAGGAAAAAGGAACAUGAAAAUGAUACUUUGCAUGCCACUAAAGCGGAACACAAUGCUCGAAAGAAAUUAAAAACUGAAAUUAUUAAUGGAGACUGUAAAAAUGGUUUGACAAAUCCAGCUCUUAAUUUAGAUAUAAAUCCUGAGGAGGAGUGUAAUGGUAGAGAAUUUGAAGUAUCCAGAGCACAAUUUGGUCUAGAAAAUUGUGGUUUAGAUUUGACAGAUGAAAAAAACGACAAGAAAUGUGUAACAUUUAAUGAUCAUAUUAUAUUAUAUGAGUAUAAUGUAGAUUCCACCAAAAAGAAAAAAGGAAAAGCGACAUUGGAUAAAUUUGAAGUUGAAAAUAAGAAACACAAAAAAAAGCGGAAACAGGAAAACAUAACACCUGAGUCAAAUGGGUUUAUUAAUGAGGCAUUAGACAUAGAAACAGUCUGUGAGGAAGUUAAUGAUAAUCAAUUGAAUGAACAUAAAAGUAAAAAAAUUAAGAGAAGGAAGAUAUGUAAAAUAUCUAAUCUAGAAACGAUACAAGAGUCACCAGAAGGAGAAAAAGAAAUAAUUGAGAUUAAGGUAGAAUCAGAAGAUGCAUUGGAUACCAGUAUUGUUAAAAAAGAGGAAACAGAUAUUAUAGAUAAAAAGUUAAAAAAAAAGAAAAAAAAGAAGACUAAAGUUGAAAACAUUAUUGUAGUUAAUACAAAUGAGAAAUUAGAUGAAACCAAAGAGAUAAUUGAAGGUAAAAAAACUAAGAGAUGUAAAAGUAAACAAGAAGAAAUUGUAAAUUCUAAGAAAUAUAAGAAAGAAAAGAAAAAAAAUAAGGAAAGUUAUAAGAUUGAAAAAUGUGCUAUUAAAGUUGAAAUAAGCAAUGACGAACAAAAUAUUGAGAUAUUAGAUCAGACAAAUUUAAAGCAGCAUCAAAAUUAUUCGACCAUGGAUGAAAACAAGGAUACAACAGAAAUAGAAGUAAUGCCAGUUGUUGAAAUUAAAAAUGAAAAAGAAGAAAUGGCAUCCGUAAAAGAUAAACAAAAAAAGAAAAAGAGUAUUUAUAAUGAAGAUUGUUUCAAGAAUGAAUGUGAUAUAAAGAAGGAAAUUUCUGACAAAGAAAAUAUUGGCAAAGAGCAAGAGUCAGAUUUCAAAAAAUUAGAAAAAAAAAAUAAAAAACACAAAAAAUCAAGAGAAAAAAAUGUAUCUGAUAUUGACGAUUCUAUCGACUCUAAUCUAGAAAUUGUGAAUGCAAACACUAUCAAGCAGGAAAAAAUAGAAGAAUCCACUCGUACAUCUUUAAAGAAAAGUAGUAUAGUCGAUUCUAUCGAAAAUAUAAUGCAUAGUCCAUGGAGUGCAAAAGCAAGGAUGUCUAAAAAGAUGUUAACACUUUUUCAAAAUAAUGAACUUUUAGAUUUUCCUGGUUCUAACAUUCGUGAUAUAAAAGGAUAUGGUGUAGAUAUUGAAUGCUAAUUAUAGAUUUUAUAGAAUUUGUACAAUAAUUUUGACAAUGAGACUCGAUGAUAGAUGUUACUUGCUAAUAAAGAUUAUGUGUUUUUUGUGUUAAU